AUGGCUCAGGAUAUGACAGAGAAAGAACUGCUGAAGAUGGAGCUGGAUCAGUUGAAGAAGGAGGUGAAGAACAAGAGGCAAAUGAUCUCUAAGACUGGCAAAGAGCUCAAGGAGUACAUCGAGUCCAUGGCGGGUGAGGAUCCACUGCUGAAAGGGGUCCCUGAGGAUAAGAACCCCUUUAAGGAGAAGGGUGGCUGUACAAUAAGCUGA